UUAAGGGAGAAAAAGUUUUAGAUAACAUUGACCUACAAAAUGUAACAGUGAGCGAAGUCCUCAGUUCUACUUUGGUUUGUGGUCAAAGCAACAAAACAACAACCACCACCACCACCAAACAAACAUCAGUAUCUGCUUGCUAGAAGAACAGUUUACAAACUACGAGAUUUGCUGCAGUGAUAGCUUUUUGUGCAGAAUAACGGUGGUUAUUCUAUUAUCCUGAUUCAAUUAUCCAAACGUUCUCAGGGUUUGUGUCUUGCUUUCCUCCCCCUCUCCUUCUGCGCCUGCAGAGCUCUGCUUCACUCUCCCCGUCUGGGCUGCUGGCCGCGGGGGCUGGGAUGCAGGUAUGACAUAUGGUCGGCUCUUGCCUCAGCUGGGAUCCCCUCUGGUGUCUCGUUAUCAUGCGCUGCCUGGUGGGGCUGCAUCAUUGUUAAAGGAGAUUCCAGCGCAGCGCGUGCGUCCCUCUUCUCUGGGACUACGAGGCUGCUGGGCUCGAAGGAAGCGGCGAGUCGGCUCAGGCGCAAAUAACUUCCUAUUACAGGGUUUACCUUCAUCAACAGAAUGAAUCAGAGAAUCAAGCAAUCUACUAACACUUCCUAAUUUCUUGUCAACCAAAGUAGGAGAUAUAUCUCCAAUCAGUAACUCCCAACACAGUAUUCCUGUGGCUUUUAAAGGAAGCAAGUCUGAAGUGUGACAUUUCUUUCAAGACUUCUGUCUGAAACUGACCUAAAAAAAGAGUUCCAGGACUUUUCUUUGUACAAAUCCUGUAUAUUCAGGAAAUGAAGUUCAUUUAAUUUUAGCAGAAGUAAUCACACAAAUAUAACUGGUAUCUCCAAGUACCAGUUGAUGCAGUGUGGAGACUGCACUUAAACCAUAUACUUAUAAUGGAUGAUGGUUAUAGAAACACUGCAAAUCUCUAUCAUGGAGCAAGGGAUAUAGCUAGAGAAGCAAACCAGCAAUCUAGGAAUCAAGGAAUGGAUGACUAUAGGUAUCAAGAUGGCAAUUAUGAAGGGUAUAUACCCAAUGACAGAUAUUACCGUGGAGGAGAGGAAUCCAACCAAGAUGAAGAUGCCCAGAGUGAUGCUACUGAAGGCCAUGAUGAAGACGAUGAAAUCUAUGAAGGGGAGUAUCAGGGCAUCCCCCACCCAGAUGACAUCAAGGCAAAACAGAAAAAGAAAUCUCCCUCCAGGUCUGAUGACUAUAGAGACCAGAAAGAUCUCAUGGCAGAACGACUGGAAGAUGAAGAGCAGCUGGCUCACCAGUAUGAGAAUAUUAUCGAGGAAUGUGGUCAUGGACGUUUCCAAUGGACGCUCUUUUUUGUGUUAGGUUUGGCCCUGAUGGCUGAUGGGGUAGAAGUUUUUGUGGUGGGUUUUGUACUUCCCAGUGCAGAAAAGGACAUGUGUCUGUCCAGUUCCAACAAAGGAAUGCUAGGGCUGAUUGUCUACCUGGGAAUGAUGGCUGGAGCCUUCAUCUGGGGUGGCCUGGCAGAUAAACUUGGGAGGAAGAAAGUUCUUGGCAUGUCUCUGGCACUCAACGCCUCCUUUGCAUCCCUCUCCUCCUUUGUGCAGGGCUAUGGUUUCUUCCUCUUCUGCCGCCUUAUCUCGGGUAUAGGGAUCGGGGGGUCCCUCCCCAUUGUAUUUGCCUAUUUCUCUGAAUUUUUAUCUCGUGAGAAGAGGGGAGAACACCUCAGUUGGCUCUGCAUGUUCUGGAUGAUUGGGGGAAUUUAUGCUUCAGCAAUGGCCUGGACUAUCAUUCCACACUAUGGAUGGGGCUUCAGCAUGGGAACCAACUAUCAUUUCCACAGCUGGAGGGUGUUUGUGAUUGUCUGUGCUCUCCCAUGCAUGGCAUCCCUGGUGGCCCUGAAGUUCAUGCCAGAGAGUCCACGGUUUUUACUGGAGAUGGGUAAACAUGAUGAAGCCUGGAUGAUUCUUAAGCAUGUGCAUGACACCAAUAUGCGUGCCAAAGGUGCACCUGAGAAAGUAUUUACAGUUUCCCAUAUCAAAACUCCCAAGCAAAUAGAUGAGUUCAUUGAAAUACAAAGUUCAACAGGGACUUGGUACCAACGUUGGCUGGUUAGAUUUACCACUACUUUUAAACAGGUCUGGGACAAUGCAUUAUACUGUGUGAUGGGUCCAUACAGAAUGAAUACACUGAUUCUGGCUGUGGUUUGGUUUACAAUAGCUCUGAGUUACUAUGGCCUAAUAGUUUGGUUCCCGGACAUGAUUCGCCAUUUUCAAGAUGAUGCUUAUAAGGCCAAGGUGAAGAUCUUUAAACAUGAGCAUCUAGAACAUGUCACAUUCAACUUUACACUAGAAAACCAGGUGCACGAACAUGGAAAAUUCUUCAGUGAUAAGUUCUUUAAGAUGAAAUUCAAGAAUGUAAUCUUUGAGUCUUCCAUCUUUGAUGAAUGCUACUUUGAAGAUGUGGUAUCUCCUGGGACUUUCUUCAAAAACUGCACUAUUGUAUCAACCAUCUUCUAUAAUACAGAUCUCUAUCACCAUAAAUUCAUUGGUUGUCAAUUCAUCAACUGCACCUUUAUUGAACAAAAAGAGGGGUGCCACCUGGACUUUGAAGAAGACAAUGGCUUCCUAAUUUAUCUUGUUAGCUUCCUUGGGAGUCUGUCUGUAUUGCCUGGCAACAUUGUAUCAGCUCUGCUUAUGGACAAAAUUGGGAGAAUCAAGAUGAUUGGUGGCUCCAUGCUGAUAUCGGCAGUCUGCUGCUUUUUCCUGUUUUUUGGCAACAGCGAGUCUGCCAUGAUUGGCUGGCAGUGCCUGUUCUGUGGGGCCAGCAUUGCUGCCUGGAAUGCUCUGGAUGUGAUUACAGUGGAGCUAUAUCCCACCAACAAAAGAGCAACAGCUUUUGGUAUCCUCAAUGGCAUCUGCAAAUUUGGGGCCAUCUUGGGAAAUUCCAUCUUUGCUUCCUUUGUAGGAAUAACCAAAGUGAUUCCCAUACUUUUGGCUUCUUCUUCUCUGGUGGGGGGAGGCCUGAUUGCCCUUCGAUUGCCAGAGACUCGAGAACAAGUCCUGAUGUGAACAACUUGGGGGAAAAAGCAAAGACCUGCAGAUCCAUAUCAAAGAAAAUCGAUAUGUCCCCACUCUUGCUAUUUAUCACUUUCUGGUGGAUACCUCAGAUAACAGGAGGAGAAAAGCUAAUUUUGAGACCCAUAGUUUAGGACCAGUUUCAACUGUGAGAAUGCUCUGAUCUCAGUGGAUUGUUUUGGUGGUACUGACAACCACCCAAAGGAACACAGAGCUUUGUGCAGUGCCUUAGGUCUCCCUAGCCUAAGGCACAGGGAGUGAAGGUACAGUGUCUCCUCUUCCAGUGAGUGCACAUACUGUGCAGGAGUGAGGGGGGCCAUCUCUGCUUCUUUCCCUUAGAUGAGGCAUAAGUCAUGGUUUGCAUUUCAAUAUUACUUUUCAGCGAGGCCCCUUUACAGAAUAUGUCAGGGUUAGAAAAGUUAACAAAUUGUUUUAAAAAUUAGUUCUAUCUUUUGGUAUGAGGGAAAAGUGUGUGUAUGUAUUUUAAAAGAUUUUAAAAUGCUACCUGUUUCAAUUUCUUCUUAAAAAUUCAUGUAGAAGCAUCCCAGAUGCCUCCAAACAGAACCAAAUAUAUAACUAUUUGGAAUAGAAUUUGUUGAAAUUGACCAUGGUACUCCAGCUUUGUUCUAUUCAUUAGAUUGAAAUUACAAAAUCCAGUAUAAUUGAUGGGAAGUUAAUUUUUAAUUUAGUUUUAUUAGAAGGUGGUGGACAUUCUGCAAACCAAAUGUAUACAUGUAAUGACAUGUCAAAAAGGGGUAUUUGGAUAUUAAAAUUUAGAAUAUGGAAUCCAGAGAUGCUUAGUAGCAUUUCAUCCAUAUUUGGGAAGGUAUUGUUAUUUGGGGUAUCAGUAGAUAGGGGUCAGAUGGAAUGAAAUGUAAGUACUUUUUUAUAGCUAUUUAACCUGUUAUCUAGAGGAUGCACUAGCAAGCUCAUAUUGUACAGUCCAUUUAACCCAGGCACUUUUCUCUGCAUAAGUGGAUUAGUUAAAUUUUAUAUGCUGUAGAAAUUACCAACGAAAGACAAAUAUAUGGUCCUAAUGACCUAAAUUUUACUUUUACCACUUAUUGGGACUCAAAGUAAAAUGAGUUCAGUGAUCUUUGGCUACCAUCUUGUUGGCAAUAACAACACGCCAUUCAAUGGGGUGAAAAAAUGGUCAAAUUUUCACAAAGUUUCAUUUUAACAGUUAGCCAAGUAACAUCUGUCAAAAGAGGACAUGUCUCAUGGGUAGUCAUUGCUACUGCGCAAAUACUGUCUGCCUGUAUUUCUUUCAUUCAAAGCCUCUCCAAUGUUUGAGUAGAGAGUGGAACAUUUAUUCAAUAAGUUUUCCAUUGCUCAAUAUUUUAAGAAAGUUGUUCUGGGAUGAUUAAAUCUAGAACUUAGAUGUGGCUAAGCAUAUUGGAUACCUUGUAUGGAAAUAGGGGCCAUAGAUGGAAUGGUUGCCUCUUUAUUAUACAUAGCAUUUAUUUUGCACAUUGAUUUGCAGUGUGCUCUCUGACUGUUAAAUAAAUGUCAUUAUUUACUAUAAGAAAUACUUACUCAUGUAAAAAUAAUAACUGCAUUUACAUUGACUAUUCAGAAAUCUCCAGUUUUGGAGUGAGUUGUUUAGAUUCAGAGAUGAUUUGAGAUUGUCUCAUUCAAUACUCUCGAGUAUUUUUCUUUGCUUCUCUAUUUGAUCUUGGCCCUAUCGCUAUGUAUGCUCCCAUUCUAAGAUUUCUUUUUCUUCUUAUUUUAUGUCAGAGAAAGAAGUCACAUCAUCAUUAGCAACAUGAUCUUAAACCUUACUCCACCCCCUGCUUCCCAUUCAUAUAUUUUGUAACUUCAUGUUAAUUGCCCUGCUAUUAAUGGUGUAUAGGGUGUAACUAAUGCGAAUGCUACCUCUUUUAUUUUAUGGCAAAAUUUAUAUAUUUGCCACAUAUAAAAUAUUUUGGCUUACUUUAUAAGGAAAGAUCAUCUAUUCCCAUGAUUUCCAUGACUAAAAUAUAUAGUCAUGGAGUCUUCAGCAGAAGACCAGUUUAAUGGAUAAUCCCACUUAAAGAAGUCACAGGCUGUUGGGUCCUGUAUUUCUACUUAUGAUCGAUCUUUUGGAUCCUGAAAGUGAUGAAAGGGGGAGUACUGGAACAGUGGUUAUAGCACUAGGUUCACUUUUAGUCAGUUCUCCAAGUUCUGUCUUCUCAAUUUAUAGACAUCACUGCACCAUUUCUAUUGCUGCUUAAACCAACUCCCAAACCAACCAAGCAGAACUUUCAUCCUAUCCAUCACUGAGUCCCCCAUAAACAGUGCACCUAGGCUUCCACAGCCUUUAAAUAUGAAGGAUAACCCAGCAGUGGCUUAGCCACUUUCCCCAUGCUGUCAUGGUGGUUGAGAAGGAUAGCAUUCAUUAAACAUCGUCUGGAGGGCAUACUAUUAGGGAAGAUGAUUGGUUUCAAGACAAUCCCUUAAAUAAAACUUGAUGGAUUCUUUGUUGUUUUAGUCAGAAAAGGAAAUGUAAAAGGGCAUAGUAUGAGACUAUAUUUUGACAGUAAAACUGGUAUGCCUUUCAUGAUUUUUUUGUUCCUUAGAAAUAGCAGAGGUAGCAUUAUAUAGAGGAAAGUCAGUCUUAAUAUUAGAAACGCCUGGGAUCAUGUACCAUCUCUGAUACAUAUUAGCUCUGUGACUAUGGUGACUCAAUCCCUUAGCUCCUCAUCCCCAUCCCCAAGUCCUGUUAAACAAUAAAAUUACAGAUAAGAAUCCCAGAUGCACCAGCAGGAGUUCCCCAAGUCAUUAAAUAAUUAGUUUAGACUGAUAAUAAUAUUUUAAAGAAUUGCCCAUAUAAAUUAUAGGGUUUUUUGGAAACUAUUCAUUAGGAUAUUUUAACACUUUAUAAGGCUGAAUUCAGACAAUUGAUUUUUUACUGAAAACAGUUAGCAGUACUUAACUUUGUGAACUUUUCACAUGAGACAAACUACAAAUAUUCUCUUCUUCAUAGUCUUUAACAAUAUAUUCUUAGAUUUGUUCAAUUUUUUUCUCAGAUUUUUGUUAAUUAAUGGACCUUGGAUUUCAUGUCCCAAAAUUCCUUAAGCAAUGAGAUUUUAGCAACUUUAAUGUUUCCUAAAUUUUUUGAUGAUGGAUUCACGAGUAAUAAUUGUAAAAUGUCAAUUUCUAGACCUCAUAGAGCUUUAGGUUUGCCAAAGCCUUUAUAAAUGUCAUCUUAUUUAUUUAUUUAAUUUUACAGAAGAGCAAACUGAAGUAGCCUGAGAUCAAAUAAUUUAUCUGGGGCACACAGCUAAUAAAUAACGAUGGUUGAGCUUGAACUUAAGGUCUUUCUGGUAGCAAGUCUAGUACUCUAUCCCUUCACUACAGUUUCUCAAUUUUUUUUAUCAUUCACUUAAACAUUUUACUUUUCAAAUAGAUGGAUCUAGACCAUUGAUUAAUAGAUCCAACAGAGGGUGGGAGUAGCAGAGGAUUAUUGGAAGGCAGUUCAUAAUUAGAUAAAAGAUGAAGUGUAGAGUUAGAAAUGAAAAUCCAUUAACUCAAGAUAAAUCAUUUCCUUAGAAAAGACGUUCUUAAGUAACUGUUUUUGUGUCAUGGAUCCUUUUGGCAAUCUGGUGAAGCUCAUGGACCCCAUUUCAGAGUCAUAUUUUUAAGUCUAUAAAAUAAAGUGCAUAGAUUAUAAAGGAAAUCAAUAAUAAUAAACUAUAGUUAUCUCCCCAUUUCCUCCUAAAAUAGUUCGUCAACUUCAGGUUAAACCCCCCCUAAAAACAACAGAAUCUCAGAGAGUUGGAAAGGACUUCAUAAAUCAUGUAGUCCAAUCCAUACUUACACAAAAAUCAUCUUUACAUUGUUCCCAAAGAGUUGCCAUCUAUCCUUUUCUUAAAAAUCUCCAUUGGUAGUGACCUCUCUACUAAAGUAGCUUUUUGGAAAACUCUAGUUGUUGAGAAGAAUUUUUUCCCCUCUUUAAACUAACCAGAAUAUAUAUAUAGACACACAUUUGCAAUAUAUUGCCUUUUUCUUAUCUGCUUAUACAGUUAUGACUUAAAAUUAUUUGAUAACACAAAAUAUUUUAAAGUGGUAGUGAAAAUUAUCUCAGCAUAAAUCCCGCAUAAAUAAAGUCAGGUAGUUUGCAUAUAGCUAUACAUAAAGCUAUAUAAUAUAUACAUAUAUAUCUAAUAGGUCAUAACCCUUCUCAACUGGCUGAAAAAUAUAUUAGUGCGUCUCAUACCUAUAGUAGAGAUAUUAAGAGUUGAUAGUAGUGUUAUUAACCAAAAUUGAGUUUUUGUGUGCCGGGCAUAUUUGCCAUUAAAAAAAAUUCUUUCUUUCCCAUCCAUACCUUUCACAUUUUUUCCUAGUUGUGGACCUGUAGACCUCAGUGAAAGUACUAAAGAUUUUAGAUUAGUGAUCGACAGAGAAUUUUAUUUACACAUGGUCAGAAAUAUGUAGUCAUAAUUUUUUUGAUUGUACAUUACAUUUAUUAUUGAAAUUUAAAGUGAUAUCACUUACUUCUAAAUAUCCUUGCCUCAACUUCUCCCUAAUUAUCGUGUCCAUAGGAAGUGAGGGAGCACCACAAAACUAUUAGACAUCACAAAACUAACAGUCUGACUUAUUAAUAAUAUAAGAAUUCUUUGUUUUAGAAAUUGUACUUUGAACAGAAUAAAAAACAAGAUUUUGAAGGAAAAGUUAAAUAAAAAAUAACUGACCUCACAUUGAUACUACUUAUCACAAUAUGUAUUGUAUCCUUUAAACUACCUUCUUCUCUCCACCUUUUUUUGGCUUUUUUUGAUACAGAGGACAUUAAAUGUUUUGGGAUAUUGUAUGAGACACAGCCCACAGGACAGUCUGGGAAUAUGUCAAAUUGAUGCAGCUUUUGAAUUUGAGGCAUGCUUCAAGCAAAUUCUCUUUAAUGUACAGAGAUAGGGUAUAGAAUUUAGAUGCAUGCUUUUGUGCUUGCAGUGAGGUUUCCACAGAGACAAAUCAGGAAAUGGCAGAGAAGUUAGUUACAGAGGUUAAAUAAAAAAAUAAAAUGUGUUAAAAUAUUUAAUUAUUACUGAGUAGUGAGGCAUGUACAUAGCAAAUUGAGAAUAUACCAUCCAUUUCAAAACCUUCCUUUUCUCAAAAACACAUUUAGAUUGCCCUAGACUGUGGCUUGCAUGUCUUAAACAUAUUACAAUAUUUUCAAAAGCAUGGAUGUGUAUUCAGUAAAAGAAAAAAAAAGAUCCCCUCAUCUGUUCUCUAUCAAUGUGAAUGUGGAAAUAUGUAUUUUGAAACAAGUGGGCUAGUUCGAUUUCUCUCAGCUGACAUUCCUCAUGGGGGUAUAUGACAGGGAGUUUCCAUUCAAAAAGAAAUGCACAGACUUCCAUCUCUAAUGUAAUAAAAUAUCAGUAAUUCAAGCUAAAAAGAAAUAUAAAUUUAUGAUCAUUCUAAUAGGGGCUAAACUGAAGUUUGCUUUUGCCAUACCCAUCUAUGGAAAGAAAAAGAAUGGUCAGAAAAACUGACAGUAUAAGCAAAAUUGAAAGGAGAAGUUUUAAAAACUGCUUGAGAACUAUUAAACUCUUCAAGAACCUCUGUUUUUUUUUUUUACAAAAAAUAAACAUACUAAUAUUUCAUUACCAAUAAAAAUUUCAUCCAGCAUUUACCCUUAGGUAUUCUACUAGGUCGCCUAUUUUUCUUGGCCUUGGUUCAGUCACCCUAAGUUCUUGAAAGCAAAACAAAGCAAAGUAAAACAACAUUUCUUUUAAAAAAAAUACAACAAAAACCUUAAAAUCAAACAACUAAUUUUUCCACUCAAAUACUUGUUGUGAUAUCAAACUACAUUAUAAAUGAUUUAAAAACUAUGAUAAUGAAGAUGUCAUUGAAAUGUGAUUUGGAAUUUGGACUGAGGGAAAAGUAUACAAUCCAUUGUCCUACGUAUUGUCAGGAUGAGACGAGAUGAAUCUUUUGGUGAAAUCCAAGUAUUGGAUCAAAAAAAAGUUGGUGGAAGGUAUUGUGAAUAUAGAAGAGGCCUACAUUAAGCUCUCCUUCCCCCUACAAAGAUGAUAAAGAGAAGAGAGGAAGGGAUUCAUAUAUAACAUGAAUACAAACACUUGUAUAAUGUGUCCAGCAUUUCUAUGUAAAGUAAAGAAUGAGCUUGAAGCAUAAACUCAUUUCAUUCAAAUCACUUUUGGAAAGUCACCUGGAAAAUAACAGUAAAAAAGGUGAGAUUUUGAACCCAUAAGAAAAUAAGACAUGAGUAGAAUAAAAUAAAAAAUCUUGAAAUGUAUUUAAUAUAUAUAAUCAACUAGCUUGGACAACUUGUUUUUUAAGAUUUGAAAAUAGAAUUUAAAAGAUGCAGAUAUUUAACAACUAAUAGUAUAUAUAUUUGACAAUUUUUGCAAUAUUUCAAAUAUCUAUAUUAAAAAUGAUUUCUAGAUUCAAUUUAUCAGGAGCUAGAAGGCAUAUUUGAGGCUAUUUUUUGCCUGAGAUUAGGUCUUGGGUUUUGAUCCAUCUGGAUGAUGGAGGACACUAAAUCCAAUACUCUAGAUAUUGUCUUUUGUAAAUAUUGGACACUAUUCCCUAUGUAAUUAAUUGAAUAGAAAAAGAGAUGAUGUAAUAAGCUAAACCUUUCCAAAUAUACUUGAUUUUUGAACGAAUACUUACAAACCCCUCUACUCAUUCCCACUCAGAUAAUUCAUUCAGGCUAAAUGAAAGAUGAUCAAAGGAAAACAGAUGUUCCAUUACAUCAGUUAUCUCUGUAUUAGGAGAAGUAGUAUCUAAGGAAAAUAUAUCAGAGGUAUUGCCAGAGGUGCCAUCUAUGGAAAAAUAUAUGAAGAAUUGGAACAUGGCUGAUUAUUCUUGAGCUGCUCAAAAUGGUUUGUUAGUGACAAUACUAAAAUUUUCUUAGGAGCCAUUACAGUUUUGGUUGCCUCAGUCCUCUGACUGGAUAGGGCAGUUUUCUUGUCUUAAAAUUGUUCCUAGUCUUGAAUUGUUGAGUUGUAAUGUUAAUCUAAUCUGAAAAUGGCUAUGUUUGUGGGCUGUGUAAAUAAAGAUGAACCCUCUGAAUAUAAUAGUUUGUACGUUUGUAAAUUACUUUAUCAUCUGUAAAAAGUGCUUUGUAUGCACAGCAAAUGUUCUGAGUGAUGUUGCUACUAAUGAAAUAUCCAAGGAAAGAGAGAGAAUUUUUGCCUUGGAGGACUUCAUUGUUUGUUGAAAAACUCCUUUACAUUGUAGUUAGAAACAUUCUUUUGUGUUUUAGAGUGUAUGCAAUAGGAAACAUACCCAUUCCAGUCUCUGCACUGUAAUAUCUCAAAUUCAUUAAUUCCAUCGGCCAUUUCAAUGGCUCUUGGGUCUUGAAAGGGAAGUCAGCAAGUGGAGUACAAAGAGAGAUUCUAACAGCUCAAAUAACACUAAAUCUAGCACGGUCUCAAAUUGUUUUCAAUGGAUUUCACUGUAAAUAAUUUCAAAUGUAGUGCAAUUUACUGGACUAUUUCAAUGUCAGUCUGCUCUGCUCGGUCUGCAUGGAUGAAAUGGCCAAGUUCAAUCUUUAAUUGCUCUUUGUUUCAUUUUUUGUUUUAUUUUCUUUAAUUGGAACUCAUCUAACUGGUCAAAUAGAAAGUGGGAAUGUUCUAACAGGUUAUAUUUUGAGAUUAUUGUUUUUAUUUAUUAAAAAAUUAGAAGAAAAUAAUGGCUAACAAUUUCCUUAUAUCUUCUAUCUUUAUUGAUUUCAAUUCUCCAAGCAUGUAAAAUAUUCCAUGAGAAUAAAUGAGAUUCUGUUUACAGAU